CCUUUACGACCCCAUCGGUUUUAAUUUCAUCCGCAGUUUCUUGAAAAUCAUCUUGUAGGUCUUCGAUGGCCUUCCGCUGAAGGUGUGCGCCUCUCAAAGCGACGCCGGCAGAGUUGUGAGAGUGCCUAUUAAUAAAAAAAACGUAGUCGUAUUACUGAUAAGAAUGGGAACUGAAAACCCUGGUCGUCCAAAUUUUCCCAUGAGACCUUCCUUUACCCCUUUUGCUUCCGCUCCUCCAACUGUGGGACCUUUUUCACCAUCUGGUCCUGCAACAGGAUCAGAAAGCAACAAUUUUAGACCUGUGCCACCUGGUGCACCCCCGACUAUGUCGCCUUUCUCAGCAGUCGGACCUAGCCGCCAUCUCGUUUUAGUGAUCCAUCAGUCCCUUCUCCACCCAUAACGUCUAUCCCACCUUCUGGGGCGCCUUAUCAGCGAUUUCCAACACCACCGUUUCCUUCAACUACACAAGCACCCCCUAAUCGUGCACCACCUGUAGGAAAGCCACCAUUUCAACCUCCUGCAAGUCAAGUAUCAGUGCCACCACCUUCUUUUCGACCACAGACACAAGUACUGCCUGUGCCAAUGGGAUCUCUGCCACAAAAUACAAAAUUUCCUCCAUCCAGUUUGAAUGUUCCUCAACCUCCAACUGAUUCAUCGUUAUCAGGGCCUAGACCUAAUUUCCAGCCACCUUUUCCUGGAUAUCUAAGCAAUCAGCGUGUAGUUUCACAAGCACCGUCACCUUUUCCUGCCCAACAGGGAAGUUUUAUGCCUCUACCUGCAUCGCCUUCUCCCUUUCCUAGUCAGCAAGGAAGUCAUGGUCUUCCUCCACCAGUAGCAGCUAACUUGGGCUACCAAUCAAGGGACCAAAUGCAACAUCCAGGCUCUGCACCUCCUACUGGCGGCGUCCAAAGAUUGACAUAAGAUUUUAGUUCACUCACUGUUGCAUCUAUUCCUGGAACAAAUGAUCCAGGACUUGAUAAUAGAUCACUUCCUAGGCCGUUGGAUGGUGAUGUGGUGCCAAGUUCUUUUCUUGAUAUGUAUCCCAUGAAUUGUGAUCCAAGAUACCUACUGCUUACUACAACUGCUAUACCAAAUUCCCAGUCUUUAGUUUCAAGAUGGCAUUUGCCUCUUGGAGCAGUUGUUUGUCCUUUUGCAAAGGCUCCUGAAGGGGAGGAAGUACCAGUAAUUAAUUUCGUUUCAACCGGUAUUAUUCAUUGUAAAAGAUGCCGCACUUAUGUGAAUCCCUAUGUCACAUUUACAGAUGCUGGAAGAAAGUGGCGGUGCAACAUUUGUUCUUUACUGAAUGAUGUUCCUGGUGAGUAUUUUGCCAAUUUGGAUGCCACUGGAAGAAGAAUUGAUUUGGAUCAGUGGCCCGAGCUUAUAAAAGGCAGUGGAAUUUGUUACACCAACUGAAUACAUGGUGCGGCCUCCAAUGCCGCCACUAUACUUUUU